AUGCGAAGGUUAUUCAUCAACCAGCCCGAAAGGAAACAUAAGCGGAAGAUGAGUGGCCGAAACGAGAGGGAGAAAACAACUCCUACCAUUGAUAAGAUCUUGCGAAGCCAAUAUAAUAACCUCUCGGAAGGCGGUAUAGUUUCAGCCUCGGACCAAGAAAGAUGGUUGAAAAGGGACCUUUGCGACUUAUGGCGUUUCAGUUUUCAGUACGCUUUUGAGAUGACGACAAUCAAGGAGCACCGUCGCCGUGAACCACGAAAACGCGUCGACACUGAGCGUGCCAAUAGACUCGGUCUGCACGAGCGGCCAGAUAACUUCGACCUACAGGUCCUAGAGCACCACUUUCUCUGGUUAGCGCAUCAACGCGGGUUCAAAGUUCCGGCCGAUGAAAGUCAACUACAAUAUAUCGAACUUCCGCGUGUGAUACCAAGUGAUUUUCCACCUGACAAUGAAGGUGAUAAAGAUGUCAGUUUGGAGAGGCGAAGCGGAAAGCCAUUCACAGACUCGGUAAACGCGGACCGUUUUGCUCUCUCAAGAUGGUCAUUACAGAGCACUUGUAACUAUGAUCGAGUCAGCGCGGGCUUCGUGCGGCGUUCUGUUUUUCACGCCUUCUUUGAGUACUUCGAUUCCGGAAUACCAGACAGUCCAGUUCCAUCACCACCUCCCGCUGUGGCCGAGUCACCCCCAGAUGAGAUCGAUAUCCUCCUUGCAGAUAUCGAGUCCGCAAUGGAAGCAGAUACGAGACAGAAUACCUCACUCAGAGGUACUGGAUCUACAUAUGGGUCACAUGCGGUAGACCCUAUUGUACCCCACAGCGUUCCUGAGCCAGCUGCUUGGGGCCAGCAAGGCGAUAUAGAUCCCCCCAAGAGGAAAAUCAAUGGGGUAGACAAACAGUAA